CAAAAGGUGUUGGUUGACGAAACAAUUUAUUCAUCUCUCGCCCUGGAAUAAGUAGAAACAAUCGCUAUCAUAAUGUCGGAUCAAUUCUCAUGCUUUCUAUACGAAUGGUCUUCGUUUUCAAAUUGCUAGGAAGUGAUUUAGUGGCCCCUCGAAAAUAAUAUAGAAAAUAAUCCAGAAGAUGGAAAUAUCGUCUCUUGCACUAAUAAAGAAGAUGAGUGAUUCCGGUGUCUGGUGGCAGUAACCAGCGAAGAAAAAGAAGCCAAUCAGUGUCAGAAGAGUGAAUUAUUGUUCUACAGGAUCCCAUCCGGAAACUUUCCGGAUUCCAUUCCGGGAGGGUUACACUGCUUUGUCCGUCUGGUUGCGUUCCGGCCCACGCACACCAACUUCGACGUACCCUGCUACAGGCUCCGCCGUACGCACAUUGUGUGCGGAGUGUGUUUUGGAUCAUCAUCGCCAUCAUCAUCUCCUGUGUGGUGGCGCUGCAGAGGAAUAAUAAAAAAACUUGUGGUACGUGCACACCGCAGCCAGCCGCAUAGCUCGAAGGUUUCUCAUCGAGAAAUCCCACUCUGAUCGGUUUGCUGGAUGCCAAACGCCAAGCGGGCCACCGCCGCAGCAGUUUCAACUCCUUCCAAGAAAAUCAUCAAUAAAUUCAACAAACCCUAACGUCGUAGUAUAACAAUUGCGCAGAAAGAGAGCAAUAAAAAAACCCAACAAGACACCGAUGCAUCAUCAUCCUUGAAACGUGAGCCCAAAAGAGGCCGACACCUCCAACACCGGUUGCAGACAACAAUUCACGUCACUCGCGCACUUCCCGUAUCAAUCGAUAGUAGUUGUUCAACAGGCGUUAGUGACAUUCCUACAUCAUUUUUGUCCGCUCACUUUCUGUCCUUUUCGAAGGUGAAAACAUCACUCGUGCACUGUGAUAAGUGUUCGGAUCGGUAAAACAGAAGUAACCGGUGCUGCAAGGAGGAAAGCGUCAUCAGAAACAAACAAACAACAACAACAACACCCGAGAAUAAUGCCGCAAUAAUGCUGUACAAAUGGGAGCAACAAAAAGAGCAUGUUUUAGCAGAAGCAAUUCAGCCCAACCAGCGCCGUCUGUAAACAGCAGCGACACACCGCAUAGUACGCGAAAUCCGUCGAAUCCCAACAACAAUAAUACUAACCGUCUGCGAAGACUACGUUCUGCGAGUACUCAGUCCAGUUCGGCAAGCAAUUUAAACAACAUCAAUAACAACAGCAGCGCUAACCAUAGCUCUGGCUCCGGUGCCAAUUUGAACAGCAGCCGACAUACCCCAAAUCGGCAUCGGUCAUCUGGAGCCACCGGGAUAAGCACUGCAGCAAACACGGGUGGGAUAAUCUCAAGACUGGUCGAUAGCAGUAGCCACGCAGCAGUAGCAGGAGGACCAGCAGCGACAACAACGACGACGACGACGACUACGACCGGAAGUAACAACAACCGUGGGUCGCCGGGUGAGAAGAAACCGCCUGUCUCGACCUCCGCCGCCAUCAAUAACAACAAUAACGGCAAAAACGACAAUGACAAAAUGGAUGAGAGAAGACAAUCGCAACCGAAAACUCCUACCAAAGCCCCACAACGUGAAUCUACCCCGGUUCGGAAGAAACCCAUCAUCCCCAGCGGUAGUAGCAUCGAUCAGCAGUCACAGCAGAGAUCGGACAGUGUCGACCGGGAACCGGAUUCGCCCCGGAAAAGGAUCUCUCCAUCGGAGUCGGAACCACCACCACCCUCCGAGCCGCCGACCGAUCGGUCGGACCUACCCGAUAUGGAACCGAAACCUCGAACCAAGGCACUUACCAACGAUUCCGGGAUAGAUGGGGAACAUCCACCGCACGGCGAUGACGAGCUAGAAGAAAACCAUCGGGAUGAUGAACCGGGAACGGUCGUGGUCGAGCGGAGACGGUUGAAUUCUGCAAUGGAAGCGAGCACCGGCACGGAGGAGCUGCUGCGGAAGCGGCUGGACUCGUGCGAAUCGGACAGCUCGCUCGGACGCACCAAUGCGCGCUUCAUCCGCAAGAGUCUGGUGGAAAACACGAUGGCGGUCGCCUACUCGAAGAACUUCAUCGACAACGACACCAUCGAGACGGAGUACCCGCGCAACUAUGACGACAACAUCGAGAUCUUGAGUCGCGAAGCGGAGAACCUGGCGAUGCAGUUCAAGCCGUCUGAGGAGAAGCUGGUGCAGUACGGGCCGAUCUUCGAUCUGGAGAAGUUCGAGGAGCAACGCAAGCAGCAGAAGAAGGAAGACGACGAGGACGAAGCGAUCGGGAUAUCGCCGUGUGGACGGUUCCUCAAGUACGACAAAGAGGUCGGUCGGGGCUCGUUCAAGACGGUGUACCGCGGAUUGGACACGCAAACCGGCGUUGCGGUGGCGUGGUGCGAGUUGUUGGACAAAAAGGUGAAUCGUGUUGAGCGAGCCCGAUUCCGAGAGGAAGCGGAAAUGUUGAAGAAGUUGCAACAUCCGAAUAUAGUGCGGUUCUACAAUUAUUGGGAAUCUCCGCCGACGGCUGGCAACAAAAAGAAGAACAUCGUCCUAGUGACGGAACUGAUGUUAUCUGGCACAUUAAAAUCAUACUUGCGUCGCUUUAAAAAGAUCAACCCGAAAGUGCUCAAGUCCUGGUGCCGGCAGAUUCUCAAGGGGUUGCACUUUCUGCACUCGCGUGCCCCGCCCAUCAUCCAUCGUGAUCUGAAAUGUGAUAAUAUAUUUAUAACCGGAACGACAGGGAGUGUAAAGAUUGGAGAUCUUGGGCUGGCCACGCUGAAGAACCGGAGCUUUGCCAAAUCGGUGAUCGGUACGCCGGAAUUUAUGGCUCCGGAGAUGUACGAGGAGCACUACGACGAAGCCGUCGACGUGUACGCCUUCGGGAUGUGCAUGUUGGAGAUGGCUACGAGCGAGUACCCGUACAAUGAGUGCAAUACGCCGGCGCAGAUCUAUAAGAAGGUGACGUCCGGAAUUAAGCCCGCCAGUUUAGAUAAGGUGGAGAACCCGGAGGUAAAGGAGAUCAUCGAGCGGUGCAUUCAUGACAAAAAGGAGGAACGGCCAACAUGUAAGGAGCUGUUGAAUUGUGAGUUCUUUUGCGAAGAUAUCGGUGUCCGGUUGGAGCCCAUUUCAAAGGAGAGCUUCAUUGCCAACCCGGAUAGCACAAAGAUGGAGUUUCGGCUGAGAAUAAUGGACCCAAAAAAGCGAGUCAAUAAGCAUAAGGAAAAUGAAGCUAUUCAGUUCGAUUUCGAUACAAAAGUGGACGAUGCAGACGAGAUUGCCAGUGAUAUGCACAAGAGUGGAAUUCUGCUGGAAGACGAUUCGAAAACGGUGGCAAAAAUUCUGAAGGUUCAGAUCCAAACGUUAUUGAAAGAGAAAGAAGAGAGGGCUAGACAGCUCCAACUGGAGAAGGAAACGGAAGCAUUGCAAAAGCAGGCAAUGUUAGCUCAACAGCUAUAUGCUAGUCAACAGAGUCAGGCGGAAAGUGAAGGCCAACCUUUGGAAUUGCACGUUCCGCAGAUGGUUGGAGGUGUCCCCAUUCCACAACUUCAGCAACAAGUUUAUUAUCAGCCUGCUUCAUUACCAGCGUCACAGGCUCAACAAAUCAUUUAUCAACAGCAAAUGUCUGCUCCUGUUGGAAACGACCAGCUGAUGCAAAACUAUCAGAAUCAAGUGGGUCAAUAUCUCAAUCAACAACAAGUCAUUCAGCAGCAGCAGCAACAGCAACAGUUCCUUAAUCAAAUUCCUCAGAUGCCUCAGCAGAUGCAACAAAUCCCGUGUAGUAUACCUCAGCAGACUCAACCCAUUCAGCAGCAAACAGUCGUUCAGGCAGUUCAGCAGCCCCAAUCAGCUCAGCAAGUAUUUAUCGAAACCCAGCAGCAACAGCAGUAUAUCCAACAAAUGCAACAACAGCAAGUUCUGAUCCAGCAAAUGCACCAGCAACAGAUCCCUAUCCAACAGCCAAAUGCUGUGCCACAGUAUGUCAACCAAAUUUCCCAGCAACAGCAACAGAUAAUACAACAGCAACUGCUCCAGCAGCAACUACUUCAACAGCAACAGCUUCAACAACAACAGCAGCAGCAACAUAUGCAACAAUCAGUGCUCCAGGAUCAAUUUCCUACGCUCGAACAACAAUUGCAGGCGGUGCUUCCUAUCCAUUCGCAACAGGCGCCACAACAACCUCCUCCUCCGCAACAGCAGCACUAUCAAAGCCCACCACAACAACAGCAGCAACAACCUCAAAUGACCCACGGCCAAUCCCUACAGGCCGCGCAACUCCAACAGCAACAGCAUCAAAUGCAUAUGCAGCAACAAAUCCAAGAUCAGAUUCAAAUGCAGCACAACUUGCCCGCCCAACCGGUCAACAUAGUUCCGAAUGGACCACAGCAAAUAGUGCAGCAACAACAACAGCAGCCUAUACAGUUUGCUAAUCAAAUUCCACAGCAACAGCCACAACAGCAGACCCAACAAGUUAUUCAAAGUCCACCCCCUCAAAUACAGCAGCAAAUUCAACAACAACAGCAACAGCAGAUUCAACAGCAACAACAGAUGCAGCAACAACAACAGAUUCAACAGCAACAACAACAACAGAUCCAACAGCAACAGCAGAUUCAACAGCAACAACAGAUGCAACAGCAACAGCAGAUUCAACAGCAACAACAGAUUCAACAGCAACAACAGAUUCAGCAGCAACAACAAAUUCAACAGCAACAACAACAGAUCCAACAACAACAACAACAAUUAUAUCAGCAACAGCAACUUCAACAACAGCAGAUUCCUCCAAAACAUAUUGACAGCCAAAUUCCCGAACCGGUUCGCUCGGAAUCACUUCCCCCCAUACCGACAGAAGUCGUCCAACAGCCACCAGUUCAGCCGCAUUCCCUACCGCAGCAGCAGCCAACUGUCCCGCAGCCCAGUGUUGCCACGCCGGUUCCAACUGCGACUCCCCAGCCACAGCCGCAGCAACCACCGUCGUCUUCGGCUGACCAGCCGGCACCACCACAAAAUGCCAAUGCUGGACUUCCUCCGGUUGCUGGGACCCCUGGUGCAGCAGCCACCGCCCAGCAGGCCGCCGCCAUCCCCAAACGGUUGACCAACGAGGGCUCCAAGAAGCGCCGCAAUUACCGUUCGACCGAGCGCAACCCCAAGCUGCAGGUGCUCGGUUUCGAGAACAACAUCGUCGAGUGCGAGAUGGAGAACCGCCCGAAGACCAUUACGUUCAAGUUCGACGCGAACAACGUCAACCCGGUGGAGGUGGCACAGGAUUUGGUGUCCAAAGACCUUCUGACGGAGGCGCAGAGUUUGGUGUUCAUCGAAAUGGUGCGCGACAUCCUGCGGCAGCUCAAGGAGAAUCCCAACCAGCUGCCGGUGGCUUCCCAAAGCUGCCGAAGGAACACCGAGAAGGUUCGCCAUGCGUCUCUCACGCGUCAACGUUCGAACUUUAAAACACACCAGAGACAUAGAUCACGCGAUGAAACGUCUUCGACCGGUUCGAACUUUUCCCAUAUGUUCGAUCCGACGAUUAUCGAUCGGCAGGCACUGGCAACCGCCGUGUCCAGCACUACGAAUUCAUCAGCUUCUUCGUCGCCACUUUCACAGCAGCCAUCCGGACCCACAUGUCCUGGUGGCACCAAUGGCGGUGACCUGCAGAAGACCAUGUCGGUCGACAGUAACGGUAGCGUGACGGGCAAUAACGGUGGCCCGACGGAAGAGCACGGUUCCAAGGGGGAUCUGAAGGAUAUUGUUACGAUUGGCGAUCUGAGCGGGGGGACCGGUGAUUUGACGACCGUUACCAAUGUGGUGAUGGAUGAUGGAACCAAUGAUAACAAUAGCAGCUGUGACGAGAAUUCCCGAAAGACCAGUACGAUCAGUACAGAUUAUACAUCGCAUGAGAACACCCCGGAGAAUACGAUUACGCCGGGUAGCCAAUUGCAUCAGCACUUUGUUUAUAACGAUCUGGAGCAGGACCCGAAAGGAGCUGCACCUGUUGUCGCUUCCUCAGAAAGCCAGGAAGCGGACAAAUCUGAUCAGUGUAUUAUUACAGUGCCAUUAGCCAGUAACGAAGAAAAUAAUAAGCCCACUAAUACUACUACUACUACUGCUAUCAGUAAUACUGAAAUUUCAUCUAGUCAACAAGUUGUUAGUACACAGCAGACACCUGCUAAUGCUACUAGUUCUAUUGUAACUUCCACCCCUAUCUCAAACAAUGCAACCACUAGCAAUGGACCCCUUGAUUCCCCAAAUGUUGAAAACAAACAACCGCUAAGAGAACGUAAGAUGUCUCGAUUUUCCGUUACACCCGUAAUGCUCCCAACUGAAGACAGCAAACCAGCCGCCCUAGAGUCACCCAAACCUGCAGAGCACAAUGAAGUCGCCCCGGAACCAGUUAUCCCUGUUGUUGAACCGCAAACACCCCAGCUACUCAGUGGGGAAACAGCCACGGAUCAAGCUUCAAUUGAUAUUCUGCAGCAACAAAUGCUUAUUCAGCAACAGCAACAGGCGGAAAUGUAUCAGCAGAGACUGGUGAUGGAACAACAGGAAGCAGAGAUGCGUGCUCAACAGCAAUAUCAAUACCAAAUGCAGCAGCAACAGCUUCAGUAUCAACAACAACAGCAGCAGCAGCAACAGUUCAUAACGGAAGCAGCCGCUAUCGAGUAUGAACAGCAGCUGUAUCAGCAGCAACAGUACCAACAGGCGUUGCUCCAGCAACAAGCACAACAGCAAGCGCAAUCGUCGCAACCACCGUCGGUUUCGUCGCAAUCGUCUAUUGAUCAAUCAUCCCGAGAUUCACAGCCUAGUCGCAUGCCGGAAACGCUCGAGCAGUUAAAAAUCGGCCUCGAAAGCAUUACGCAUGUACACGUGGUAACUAGCAAACCGCCGUCGUCCGCUCAUGCGGUUCAGCAACAGCAGCAACCGAUCCAGCAGCAACAGCUGCCACCGCAGUCCAUGGAUCCCCAUGGCCAUAUUCCGCCCAAUGAAUAUCUCGUCCAACAGCAACUUCUUCAGCAACAACAAAUCUACCAAGCACAAGAAUAUGUCCCAGAUGUUCAACCGGAAGUGGCCCCAGAGUAUGCCGCGGAUACAGCGUUCCUAGAGCAGCAACAGCAGCAGCAGCAACAAAUGUUUCAACAACAGCAACAACAACAACAUUUGCUGACCACGAUGUCAUCAUCUCAGGACAUUUCGAUGUACAACUCAAGACGAACGUCGGCCGACAUGAAUGUGCAACCGCCGAUCAUCGAUCAACAGCAACAGCAGCAUCACGUUCCGCAGCAGUCGUCGCACACCCAACCCGGAUCAGUGCCCACUUCGGUAACGGCCGUGAGCGCGGCUGGCAGUGAUACCAGCACACCGAACUUGCGCGAUCAAGAGAAACGGCUUUCCAACCAGGGUAGUGUAGAUCGGAUAGAUAGCUCUGGUAACAAUUCAUUAGCUGAUCUCCAUCAGAAACUAGCUCAGCUGACUUCGGCUCAAAUAAAUGAGUCACCAGUAGUGCAACAUCCUCCAAAACCUCAACAACUGGCUGCAUUUGAGCAGCAGCAACUGCAUACUCAGCAAAACUCUGCUGUUACUAGUCCUUCGGUGGAAUAUCCGGAACCAAAGUUCCCGAACGAUGCAAAACCAAUGGUCCGCAAAGUGUCUCGCUUCCAGGUGCAAACCGUGCAAGAAUCUCCUAAACCAGAUCAAACUCAUCCACAACAGCAGCCACCGCAACCAUCACAGCAGCAACCCAUACAGAAUUAUUCGUCUCCAACAGACGAUAGAUCCGGUCAGACAUACUCUGCGCAUCAGCAACAACCUCUGGCUUGCGACGUUGCAACAGCAAAUGAUCUUGAAGCCAAGCUAAACCAAGUGAUGCCGAAGACACCCAAUAUGGAAGUCGUGCAACCCAACUUCGCCGCUGCGCUCCAACAACAGCAACAAAUUCAGCAGCAUCAGCAGCAACAACUGCAACAGCAGCAACACCAGCUUCAACAGCAACAGCCGUUACAGCAGCAAAUUCCUCAACAACAACCACAGCCAAUGAUUCCAGCAGUUCCUAUGCAACAACAACAACAACAGCAGCAACAAGUUGUUCAACAACAUCAUCAGCAGCAACAGAUUCUACAACAACAAGCAAUGCUACAGCAACAACAGCAACAGCAGAUGCUGCAACAACAAAUGUUGCAGCAACAACAACAACAACAACAGCAACCACAAUUAAUACAUCAACCCCAGCAGCAGCAGCACCAACAACCAACGUAUCAACCGACCGUGCAUGUCCAACCAACUGUGCAGCAGCAAAUUCCUCAGCAACCCCAACAGCCCAUGCUUUCGCAGCAACAACCACAACCCCAACAGUCUGCCAUAAUGCCGGUCGUGACGCAAAUGGCGCAACAGCAGCAGCAACAACAACAGCAACAGAUCAUCCCAGUGCAGAAUGCAUCUAACACCGUCGCCGUCUAUUCGGACCAGAAUGCCGUGGAAUCGUUCAACAGCGAAGACAUCGGGCAGAACUUGAUCGCCAUUCAAAAUCAUCUGCGCAGUUUGCAGCUGAUGUCCAGUGCUCGGCAGCAGCUGCAGCUGCUGCUCUCACGUCAGCACAUCGAACACGAAGAACUGAAGCUGCGCCAUUUUCUCGAGCUGGAAAAGUUUCUCAAGCAGCAAAAAGAAGACAUGAAACCUGCGCUGCAGCAGCCACAACAGCCGCCCGCACUAUCAGCAGCAGCUCCGCAGCCGCAAGCGUUGCCAGGGCCAGCGCCGGUUCAGGUACAACCUGUGGUAGCUGCUGUUCCGCAGCAGCCACCGCAACCACAGAUGGUGCAAGGUGCCAUCAUUGCGGACAUCACAUCGCCGACGCUUACCGUGAGUCGGGGCUUCGAUCAGAAUACGAUCACCACUCCUUCCUACAACAACUAUAGCACGAUUGGCAGUUCCAGCAGCGGUGGCAGCGGCCCCGAACUGAUCGAUCUCGAUGCUUCGCUUACGAUAGUGAACGAAACGAACAAGUAGAACUAACGGGGUAAAAGUGGCAGUUUUAGUGGUUCGUUUUUAGGGUGUUUUUUUCUUCCUAGAGGAAUUUAAUUGCUACUGCUAGUGAGCAUUGUUUUUUUAUAAACGUACAUAUAUUUAUCUAGAGGUAUAUAUAUUAGAAGCCACAUUUUAUUGGCUUUCCGUUUCUCCUUCACUUUUCCGGGGCUGCUGGUUGGCUGUUGAAUAACGCUUUCGUCAUUCAUUCGAAACCGAAAAUGAAAAGAUUAUGAGGAAAAUAUUCUAGAACUCGCGAUGAGCCCUAUCGAUAAUCUACUACUAUUACUACCUACCUAGCUAGUGCCCAAUAGAACCCAUAUUCUUCGACAGUCUGGCUUAUGGUACGGAACAAUUCGUGCUGAAACCGGGUCACUAAUUACACGAGGUUAUAAAAAUACAUUUUUUGUUCACAUUCCGUA